GAUUGCGGUGUUUGUUACGCGCUUGGUUAUGGUCUCAUCGUGGCCCUCCUCUCCGAUGUUGAUUGAGAUUCUUUCUAUAUAGCGCCCAAGUGGAUUUAUAAAUUUACGAAGCGGAUACUUCAGUUUUGGUUAAUCAGUUCAUUGGAGUGGAAGUGACUAGAGCGAGUGCCUACCCAAUCUUUUAUUGGUUCUACACGUAAUCAAUAACAGUAUAUUUCCCAUUCUAUAUCAUUGUAUGGACUAGUAUCAGCACUAACAAUGCACAAGGCUAUAAAAAAUAAAUCAAGGUUACUUUGUGGCCUUAAAAACUCAAAGGCCGAUCUAAGCACAGCAAAGUUUAUAUUAUAUUACGGACCCACAGUUGCCGAUAGUGAUAUCUAUGAUCUUCAUGAUUCUAAAAGCCUAUUGGAGGAUGAAAAUUUAAAUUUGUCAAAGAAUACAGUUUUGUAUUUGCAUGGCUAUCUAGAAGAUCCGGAUGUGGAGAGUAUACAUGUCAUAGCCGAGGCCUAUUUGGAGCGUACGGAUACAAAUCUAAUUGUCUUGGAUUGGGGUGAACUGGCCGAUGGCAAUUAUAUGUUUGAUGCUGUUGUCAAUGCCAAACAAUUGGCACCAGAAUUGGCCAAAGUUUUGCUAGAAAUGUUUGAUCAUGGCUUGGAUAUUGAGAAAUUUCAUAUAGUUGGCCAUUCGUUGGGCGGCCAAAUGGCUGGAAUCAUAGGUCGUGAGAUUUUUAAACGUACCAAAGGUGUGCGCAAGAUAAAAAGAAUUUCCGCUUUAGAUCCUGCCUUUCCAUUGUUUUAUCCUUUGGGUGGUCAUUUAAAUGCAAACGAUGCCGAAUUCGUUGAUGUCAUUCACACCGAUGCCUGGCUAUAUGGUGCCCCAACAAGUACAGGAACAGCAGAUUUCUGGCCAAAUAGCGGUGGCACUCUACAACCUGGUUGCCCAAAACGUAAUUACAAAAUGCUCAGCGAUAAUGAUUUAUCAAGUCAUCGGCGUAGUUGGUGGUUUUGGGCCGAAAGCGUUUCCGAUCGUUUCCCCAUUAAAUUUGAUGCUGUUCCCUGUAAAAGUUGGUCGGAUUUUAAGCAAAACAAAACUAUGGAAACUUGUGCUCCCAUUGUAAUGGGUCAUCACUGUCCAACGUCAAUUCAUGGCAACUUUUACUUACAAACGAAUGGUCAAACACCGUUUGCACGUGGCAAAGAGGGCACUGUCUAUGUGGAACCCAAGGAACUUUUAGGAAAUACGCAUAGUAACAUUUGUGAAGCACCACAGACUAUAGUUAAGUAACUCAUAAAUACCUCCCAGCCAGAUGCAGGAACCAAUUACAUUGUAAAAAUGUAUAGAAAACUAUUUUGUCAUACAUAUCACAUCACCGAAAUAUAUCUGAGAACUGUUUUAAAA